GGAGCUGAGGAUGAUCUCGCGAUACGCGCGGAAGCCGGUGCCCCCCGGCGCUCUGGAGAUACAAGGACUUCCAAAACAUGCCUUGCGGCAUCAUCCGCUGCCAGAACCACGAGCUGAGGUGUGCCCAGGCACACCCACGGCUGAAAACUAUGGCGAGAUCUCAAGGGAGCCUGAAAUCUGGAAGGAGUCAGAUUACCCUUCCGUUACUCCAGCUGAUCAUGGGAAUUCAUGGUCUGCUAGUCAGAGUUACGCCGACACCUCCACCGAAGACAGCUCAGUCUUCUCUUGGGGCUAUGAUGAAUUUGAUAAAGCUGCCACACAACAAGUUCAGCAAAUGUUCAGACAAAUUGAUGAGCUUCUCUAUGAGCAGAAAGAAAAUGUGCAUGUUGAGGGACUGCGGGAAGAAUGCCACCAGUGGACAUCCAACUUUCCUCAUCUCAGGGUUGUGGGGAAGCAGAUAGUGGUCCCCACAGAUGAAGGGUACGGAUGGUAUUCAAGUUCACCUUCUGGCGGUUUAGGUUCCUCAGAUGUAAGUUCACCACGAGAAAAAGAUUCUAAUGAAUUUAGUGUUUUUGGCAAGAAGGUACCUCUUUCUGUUACUCCCGUUCACAAAAAGGCUGACCGUUCCAAGUCUCCGACCUUGUGUUCUCCGGAGAGCGAAGAAGGUGAAGAUGGAGUAAUUGUCUCUGAAGGCGUAAUGGAGGAAUAUUUAGCAUUUGACCGCAGAGAUGUGGAGGAGGAGUUGCAUGAGAGGAAAAUGGGGCUGUCCUCCGGUAGACGGAAAUUAGGGUUUCCUCCUGUCUCUCCGUACUCCUGCAUGAAGGAUUCUGUGCUCACGUUUGUGUUUGAUGAUGUGUGGAGUGAAGUCCUAGGCUGCAUGGAAGAAUUAAUCUGCAGACACUGGGAAGGGUCAGCCUCUGAUGAUGAGAAAAAUAUCAUAACAGUAGAAACGAUCAGAGCAGAUGCUGGAAGCCCUUUGCAGUUUGAUCCUCUGCCGGUGGUGUUACCUCGUGUGCCACAAACUAAAACGCCCUCAGUGACAUCAAAUCUGGGCCCAAAAACCAGAUGUGGCCGCAAAAGCAAAAAGAGGAGAAAAACACCUCAAGUAAAUCUCUCUCAAGGGUCAAGUAGUGGCUCUCAACGUAAUCUAAAUGGCUUGAUGGUGAUACAUGGGAUCCAGUUACAGCAAAGGAAUCUGCCUGUACUGGAGAAAACACUGGACCUGGAUGACAAACGGCCAGGCUCCAGUUCCAUCCCCUCUACCAGAGUGCGGCCAAACCAUCCUCUAGAGCUCAGCACAUCAUCCCUGUCACGUUCCACAAGAAGGCGAAACCCACCACCACGUACCCUGCAUCCCAUCAACACAAACCACUCUCGUACUGGGACCCCAGUUUCUGUGGACAAUGUCUUCGGGGGAACUCGAUUUCUGACUGCACAUGAGCAGCUGACCUCACCCCCUCCACUGCCACUAAGCCGAAAUAAUCUCCUACCACCUAUUACUACCACCGAUGUGGCAGAGCACGUGAGCACUGCAGGAUCCCAGAGGCAAACGAAACCUCGAGGGAACUCAAGUCGAGCUCACAGUGUAACAACACACGAAGAUACCCAUCAGCAGCUACAGGAGCGGCUUUUCUUACCUGAUCGUUUCUCCAGGCCUAACACAACCAACGCAUUCUUGCCAGAUCCACAGCACCACCGUUCUUGCACUGUUAUUGAUUAUAGUAAUCAAUCUUGGACAAGGAGAGGAUCAACAGGUUCAGGUCUUCAGCUGCAUGGUUCUGUGAAAGCCCACAGUCGAAGUGGAUCAGUCACAAAAAGCAAACAGGGGCUCUGACGUGCCAUGAAGAAGUAUCCAUCCGAGUCAUGAACCACCUCUCAUUCUCAGCAAUGUCAACAUUGUUUACAGAGAGUUUUCAAACACCCUUCCUUAUGAAUAAUUAUUUUUAUAUAAAUCUAAGAAGCAGCUGCCAAAGAUUAGAAGGGGUAUACUUAACAUUCCAUUUUCUACCAGUAGAAAAAGUUAUACUCCAGUGGGCAGUAAAGCCUAACUCCUAGAAAAUCUAGCAAAUGCUCUCAGUCAUUGCUGUUUUCCCAUUACUGGCUUAGGACUAGUGCAUGUUGUUACAGGCAGGUACUGCAGAACCUGCUGAUUUUUCCGUUAGCUCUACAGAAGAUUGAUCAGGCCUUCCACAGCAGUAGUAAUUUAAAUUUUUAAAACUGUAUUUAUAUGUUUAAAGCAAUAUUAUACUAUCAAAAGCAAGCACUGCAUAUGAUACUGCUUCUACAACUCAACUUAGACAAGUUAUGAAUCCUGUAGUAAUUGCAGCAUAUAUUAACACAGUUGUGUAAAAAUAAGGUAGCAAACCAGAUGAACAGAAUUGACAGCUUUAAGGGUAGCACACCACUGACUCGUCCUGUGUUAUAUACUUGUACCUCUUUCUCAGUGACUGAAGAAGGUUUAAGAGGCAAAAAGGAGUCUCUUACUGCAAGUCAUUCCAGACAGUAUUCAAAGAAAGUACAUAUUGUCUCCCUGGUGAGAUAUUUUAUGGUAAUUUCACAGGAUAAGUCAGUCUCCCUUUCUAAAAAUACCUGCAAUUAUGUGAGAUUUCUGCACUCCACCGUGAAGUUCCACAACCCACAGAUGCAACGUAGCUUUUAGUAGAUGUGUUCUGCACUGUGUGACAGAUGUACCGAGGUAUUAGCUGUAGUUGCCCUUGUGGCUCAAAAUAAUACAAAAACAUGAAAUACAAGCUUCUCAAAAUAAAUGAUUAGUUGAAGGUCUUACUCCCAAACAGGAAGUGCCAGACUACAAGUAAGUGUAAACACAAGGUGAGGAUAACCACUUACUGUAUUUUAACAGAGUUAAAAUAGGACACCACACAAAAACAGUUUUUCCCUUAUAAUUCAACUAAAGAGCACUUUUUUCUAAAUUUCCUUUUUAAUAUUUUCCAAAUUACAAUUCAUAAUGGAAAAAAACUUGUCAGCAUUCUUUAUGAAGUGGCUCCCCUAUUUCCCCACUCUAUGUUAUGCAAUCUAUCAAAUGUUAGUGGUACCUACAGAACAGCUAAUAAUUUUUCAUCAAUAUUAAAGUUCUUGAGUCCAGUUGAUCCAAGCAUGCUCUAAUCAAGAAGGGAAAAGAAAGCAAAGCAGAACUGUGCAAAUGUAACUGGGUUAACUUCCCUUUGCAUUUCUAGAGGGGGGAAAAAUGGUCUGGUCUCAAUCUAAAUCUCUUUAAGUUUCCAUAGAGAUAAAUUGAUGCUAAAAAGAGGCCUCUAUUUACUAAACCCUUUCAAAAUACAAUUUCUCUGAACAGUUAAGACUACUGGAACAUUGUACAGUGUGUCAUUUAGUUAUCUCAAGCUAACUGGAGAUAAGCAUCCCGCUCAUAUCAGUGCCAUUCCUCAGGGACCAAGUUAGUUUUCUGUAGCCCUAGUGCAUAAAUAAGAGUUACAAAAAAAUAUACAAAUAAACUAGAAUAGACUUCUAGUAACAUAAUGUAGUAUUUUAUAGCCUAGAGGAGUCAGCAUGUUAAAAACAUGAAAGCAAUCUCCUCAUGAGGUAAUUUUUGGUUUCUGUACAAAUGGUUGACACCAGAGACUUCUCCUGGGCUGUUAGAUAUCUAUUUUGUAUAGUAAAAGUAACAUUCAGGUUAUGUGUUAUACAACAUAACAAUAUCCCCUACUCUCUCAGAAUCAGGACAAUUUUUGAAAGCAGCCAAGUAAGAGGGAACAGAGUUACCAUCUACCUCUAGCUUCCCCCCAGGAAGCUCUAUUAAAUAGUCUGUUCCUGAAUGCUAUCACUGAAACUUUUGAGUUGAAGGUCCUCAUUACAAGUGUUCACCUGUGGCUCAUAAGCCUCUGAAAAAUGAUUCACAAAAUAAAACCAGCCUCAUUCCUGUGAGCUAUAGGAAGUUGAAAACUAGUUACCCUUCAAAUUCAUACCCCUGCACACUAUGUCAAGUGGUUUAAAAACAGCUGAAGCAAAAACCUUCAAAGUAUUUGCACAUCUUACAGAAGUAACUCACUUCUGAAAUAACAGAAGUGUUGACAAAUACAAUGAAGUAGCUAAUCACUACCAUCCUGCAGCACACUGGACUGUAAUGCUAUUGAAAUAACAUGCAAUGCAUUUCUAAGCUUUGGAACUCCUUGUCAUGGGACAUCACAAACCCUAGAAAUACACAGAACCAACUCUGUUCUGUGGAUUUUUAAGUUUAUUUCCUCACCUCAGCGUGCUAGAGAAUUUCUGCAGAGUCACAUACAUGCUGCAGUCUCAUAUUCUUCCUAAGGCAUCUGCCACAGGCAAUCAAAGACCAAACACUAGGUGGCCCUUUCAUCUAAUGUAGCAUCACCAGCACUGACGCCACAGUUAAUAAUAUAGCCAUAUUUUCAGCUGCUAUAGAAGUAUGUAGUAUUUACUUGACUUAAAUCAGUCAGAAGAGUCAACACGAUCAGUUUGUUUUGAACAACUACUUAGAAAACGUAGAGAGGGCUGGGGAAGCAACAUAGCACAGAAUUCUGCAAAAACUUUUUGUUUAUUAAAUCUGCAUUUUUCCAAAGUAUCUUUAUAAAAGCACUGGAAUAUCUGAAAAACACCUGUUGAGCUGAAGUGCAAAGACCUUUAAAAACAGCAGAGGGUUUGUUACAAAAGAAAGGUGCGAAUAGCAAAAAGAUAAGGUUUCCAACUCGGAAACCACAGGAAUCGGCAUUGCAGACUCUCAAAGGUGUGGGAUUACAUUGUUUUACCAUCAGCUGUACCAACAUCCAUUAGGUGUUUGGAAGGAAGGUGCUUCAACACAAGUUUAAUAAACACACCGCCAUCUCAAA